ACGCUCUGCGUACAGCAGUAGAAGCCACAGAAACUGCAGCACAAGAAGACCACAGAUGCUCCCCCUCCCCUUAUAGCCCCUUCGAGCCAUCCCCAACCCCGAGGAAGCGGGGAGAGGUAGGACAGAUACAUAGAGAGAGAAAGAAGCCUUCUUGUUGAAAUCUGUGGAAGCCACACUGUUUAAUCACUUGCAAAGCUUGGAUUUGUUAUACACUUAUACUCUGUUUGUCGCUCAAAACUAUUCUUCUCCUGAGCGAGCGAGGGAUGGGAUUGGGUUCUUCCUUAAAAGAGGGAUUUUGUCAUGCCUCUGUAAUCAUGGCUACAAGCUUCUUCCGCCAUAAGAUGUGAAAAUGAAUAGAAGGGAAGAAGAAGAAGAAGAAGAAGCCAUGGCUUUCUGAGCUCGUCUCGGUUUGAGAGCUUUUGAAGGAGAAAAAAAGGGAUCUUUACACCUUUUGGUGGAGCUUAAUCUAGAAAAGUUGAAGAGAGUCGAGAUGUCGGGGAGAAGAAUUCACGGUGGUUCAAAUGUUGCUGUUUUGCUGCAGAAAGAAGGGGUGUCCCCUGAGACCAUUGAGGCCUUGCUUGGUACGAGCUCUGGUGGAUUCCAAGCUUCAGGUGCCAUGGUGAAUUUUGAAGACGUUUGUACAAACGCAGCCAACCAGGCCUACUACCGUCAGCUAGACAUGGAACAGGUUGGUGAUGAAGAACUAGAGGAGUACCUCCAUCAACCAGAGAAGAAAAGGCGGCUUGCUGUGGAACAAGUAAAAUUUUUAGAGAAAAUAUUUGAGCUCGAUAACAAGCUUGAUCCAGAACGAAAAAUCCAGCUCGCAAAGGAGCUUGGCCUGCAGCCAAGGCAGGUUGCAAUAUGGUUUCAGAACCGCCGCGCCCGGUGGAAGACUAAGCAGUUAGAGAAGGAUUAUGAGGCUCUGAAAGCAAACUACAAUUCUCUCAAAGCUGAUUAUGAAAGUCUCCUCAAGGAGAAAGAGAAGUUGCAAUCUGAGGCAACUCAUCUGACAAACAAGCUUCUCCUCAAAGAGAGCAUGAAAGAUUCUAUGAAACUCCAAGAAUGGGCACCUCCAUUACCAAAACCAGAGAUAGAUUUAGCAUUCAAAACCGCGAACUGCGACAUAUCACCAAUGUUAAGAUUAAAACAAGAAGAUCUGAGCUCAGUCAAUAGCGUCGUCAUCGACUCUGAAAGCCCUCAUUGCGCCGAACAAGUCGGCCGGUCUACACUUUUGGAACCUGCAGUUUCUUCCAAUGUUUUGGAACCAGAUCAAUCUGAUAUCUCGCACACUGGGGAAGAUGAAGAGGUUAAAGAUUGCCAUUUUCUAAAGCUUGAAGAUAGUUCAAAUGACUAUGGAUUUCCAGCAGAUGAUCAUGCUUUCUUGUUCUGGCCAUAUUGAAGAGAACUAUUGUGUGAUUAUAUGUAUGAUUCUGUAUUAUGUAAUGCUUUUCUAUGUUAUGGUGUGAGGAAUAUUUAGUGUCCAUAAAAGCCAUUCAGGCUUCUACAAAGUUCCAAAAUGUAGAGUUUGUUUGAGGUUGGUCUUUGUAGUUUGUUAUGCUUUUCAACUUUAAGUGGUGCAGAAAGGUUUUGAGCUGCUUCUAAUGUUUAAAUAAGAAAUAAUGGUUUAUUUCAGUUUGAUUUA